GGCUCUCCGCCCAAGUUGUGUGCUACGCCAUUUUCUGUGACCAGGGAAUAACGCGGUGUGUUCUGCGAUUCAGUUAUUAGGAUUGUUUUGAGACUACUCCAGAUUUAAAAACAUGGGAAGAAAGAAGAAGAAGCAGAUGAAGCCAUGGUGCUGGUAUUGCAACAGAGAUUUCGACGAUGAAAAAAUUCUCAUCCAGCACCAGAAGGCGAAACAUUUCAAAUGUCACAUAUGCCAUAAGAAACUUUACACAGGCCCAGGCUUAGCCAUCCACUGUAUGCAGGUUCAUAAAGAAACUAUAGAUGGUGUUCCCAACGCCAUACCUGGGAGGACCGACAUAGAAUUGGAAAUCUAUGGCAUGGAGGGCAUACCAGAGAAGGACAUGGAGGAGAGACGGAGAGUGCUUGAACAAAAAACGCAAGCAGAGAGUCAGAAGAAGAAACAGAACAGCCAGGAUGACUCUGAUGAGUAUGAUGAUGAUGAAGAGCCAGGCCCCUCCUUCCAGCAGCCUUCCAUGCAGCCCCAGAACAGCUUCAUCCCCCCCAUGACCCAGGCGGGGAUACCCCCCGUCGCAAUGCCCCCUGGGAGCUAUGCAGGAAUGCCUCCCAUGAUGCCCGGCGUUCCACCGAUGAUGCCCGGAAUGCCACCUGUGAUGCCUGGCAUGCACCCAGGUAUGAUGUCGAUGGGUGGAAUGAUGCCCCACGGACCAGGAAUGCCCCCUAUGAUGCCGGGCCUGCCCCCAGGUAUGCCUCCCCUGGUGGGCCAUCGCCCCGGCAUGUCCCCCAUGGGUCAGGCCCCGCCCGUGACGGCCCCAGGCGUGAACAGGCCCACGGGGCCCGUGGUCACCGCCCCCGCGCCCCAGCCCGUCGUCACCAAGCCGCUGUUCCCCAGCGCCGGACAGAUGGGGACUCAUGCUCCAAGUACAAGUACAUCCUCAUCAAGUGCGGACACUCUGUCCGCAUCUGCUAAACCUCUGUUUCCUAGCACGGCACAAGCUCAACAGGCUGUGUCCGGUCCAGUCGGCACGGAUUUCAAGCCUCUGAGCUCGCCCGCCUCAUCUUCAGACCCUCCCAAAGCCACCUUCCCGGCUUACACCCAGGCCACUGCCUCGACCACUAACCCCUCCAGUAGCACUGUAUCCAAACCCCCCGCUACUGUGACAAGUAAGCCUCCGACCCUCACUACAACGAGUGCAACCAGUAAGUUGAUCCACCCUGAUGAGGAUAUCUCUCUGGAGGAAAGACGGGCACAGUUGCCUAGAUACCAGCGGAAUAUUCCCAGGCCGGGACAAGCCCAUAUGGCAGUCCCGCCUGUGGGACCAAUGGGGGCCAUGAUGCCCCCUCAGCAGGGCAUGCCUCCUCAGCCUGGAAUGAGGCACCCCAUGCACGGACAGUACGGUGGGCCCCCACAGGGGAUGCCGGGCUACAUGCCUGGAGGAAUGCCUCCGUACGGACAGGGGCCUCCGAUGGGCCCUCCUUUUCAAGGGGGCCCGCCCCGGCCGCCCAUGGGCAUGAGGCCGCCCGUUAUGUCUCAGGGAGGUCGAUACUGAAGCUCAACCACCGUCUCUCAAUAGGUUUGGAGAUUAAACCUUUUCUCCUCUUUUUUUUUUCUUUGUUUUUUUUUUUCUUUUCAUUUUUUAAAAUUUAAGCAUCCGGGCUAGAAAACAGUAAGUGAAGUGAGAGAAAAAUUGCAACGCAUGGGACACUUUGUUUUUUGCAUAAUGUUUUAUUUAAAACAAAACACCCCAAACUGUUGUUAAUACUGUGUGGCUUCUUUUUCUUCUCAUGUUCCAUUUAGGUUUUUUAGAAGUGAAGUUUAGUAGCCUGAAUGUGGUUGGUAAUGUUUUGUAGGCGCGCUGGAGUAACAUGAACGUGCCACCUUUUUCAAGGCAAGUUUCUGUAAAUACGUUCUACUGAAGUGAAGCCUUCACAGCACGCUAGGUGCUGUUGGACUUCAUGUCCCCAGCUUUGCUUGGUGAGGGCUUCAGUUAUAUACCAUGCAUACUGUUUCUGUGUCUAGCUCUGUUGUUGUUGCAGGGUUUACCCUAUGCCCAGAAAGGUAAUUUGAAUGAUCGAUUUCUGUACUGUUGUAAAAAGAAAAAGAAAACAACAAAAUGAGUAUUGUAAUAAAACCUGAUGAAAACUC